AUGAGGGCCGAAUGGUUCGCUCCGAGCGCCCUAUUUAAUCCCCGCGACUGCAGCAGCGCCGGCUCCCUCCCCGUCCCCGCCUCGGCCCGGGGCUCCCUAGCGGCUCCGGGCGCCCUUUCGGUCGGCGGCAGCGUCUCUCCCGCCCCGGCCCAGCCCCUGGGGGUCCAGCUCGCCGCGCGCAGCAGGGAGCCGGCCGGGACGCGCCAUGGGGGCCCCUGCGCCCUGCCCCUGCUCCUGCUCCUCGCCAGCCGCUGGGCGCCCGGAGGGGCCACCCUCUCCCAGGACGACAGCCAGCCCUGGACCUCUGACGAGACGGUGGUGGCCGGCGGCACGGUGGUGCUCAGGUGCCAAGUGAGAGAACACGAGGACUCAUCCCUGCAGUGGUCCAACCCUGCCCAGCAGACGCUCUACUUCGGAGAGAAGAGAGCCCUUCGAGACAACCGCAUCCAGCUGGUCAAGUCCACGCACCGCGAGCUCAGCAUCAGCAUCAGCAACGUGGCCCUGGCGGACGAGGGCGAGUACACCUGCUCCAUCUUCACCAUGCCCGUCAGGACCGCCAAGUCCCUGGUCACCGUGCUGGGAAUCCCACAGAAGCCCAUAAUCACAGGCUACAAAUCGUCGUUGAGAGAAAAGGAGACAGUCACUCUAAACUGUCAGUCUUCGGGGAGCAAACCUGCAGCCAAGCUCACGUGGAAGAAGGGCGACCAAGUGCUCCAGGGAGAACCAACCCGAACACAGGAAGACCCCAAUGGUAAGACCUUCACCGUGAGCAGCUCCGUGACAUUCCAGGUUUCCCGGGAAGAUGACGGAGUGGACAUUGUGUGCUCUGUGAACCAUGAAUCUCUAAAGGGAGCCGACCGAUCCACCUCUCAGCGCAUCGAAGUGCUAUACACACCGACAGCAGUGAUUAGACCAGAACCACCACACCCCCGAGAGGGCCAGAAGCUGUUGCUGCACUGUGAGAGCCGUGGCAAUCCCGCCCCCCAGCAGUUUCUGUGGGAAAAGGAGGGCAGCGUGCCGCCCCUGAAGAUGACCCAGGAGAGGGCCCUGCUCUUCCCCUUCCUCAACAAGAGCGACAGCGGCAUCUACGGCUGCACGGCCACCAGCAACAUGGGCAGCUACAAGGCCUACUACAACCUCAACGUGAACGACCCCAGUCCGCUGCCUUCAUCGUCCCCCAGCACCUACCACGCCAUCAUUGGCGGGAUCGUGGCUUUCAUCGUCUUCUUGCUGCUCAUCCUGCUUAUCUUCCUCGGACACUACUUGAUUCGGCACAAAGGAACCUACCUGACUCACGAGGCAAAAGGCUCCGAUGACGCCCCAGACGCCGACACGGCCAUCAUCAAUGCCGAGGGCGGGCAGUCGGGUGGUGACGACAAGAAGGAGUAUUUCAUCUAGGGCGCCCUCACCUUCUGCGCCCCCCGGGCCCCACGGGGACUGCUGGGCACGACCAACCGGACUUGUACAGAGCGACCCCAGGGCCGCCCUCCCGCUUGCUCCCCGGCCCCCACCCCUGUACAGAAUGUCUGCUUCGGGUGCGUUUUGUACUCGGUUUGGAAUGGGGAGGGAGGAGGGCGGGGGGAGGGUUGCCCUCAGCCCUUUCCAUGGCUUCUCUGCGUUUGGGUUAUUAUUAUUUUUGUAACAAUCCCAAAUCAACUCUGCCUCCAGGCUGGAGGGGCAGGGGCCCUGAGUAAGGAAAGCAGAAA